UCCAGCUACUACUUGGGUCUACUAAUUCCUUGGUGUAUAUAUGAGCUUCUCAGUAUAGGAAAUUAAUCCUGACAUUGUAGAAUGCCCCUGCAAGACAUGGAGAAGCGUAGGCAAGGAAUUAGGGAUCACCUGGUACUAGUUCCAUGCCCAUUUCAAGGCCACAUGAAGCCCAUGCUUCACCUGGCCAAUCUCCUUCACUCUAAAGGCUUCUCCAUCACCAUUAUUCACUCACAAUCCAAUUCUCCAAAUCCUUCUCACUACCCCCACUUCUUCUUCCGCUGCUUGGGUGACUCCUCCCACAUACAAUCUGCCUCUGAUGGUGAUUUUGUGCCCUUCAUAUCUGCCCUUAACCAACACUCUCCCACCAUAUUUCGUGAUCUCCUGCUUCGUAUGCAUUUCCAGGAUCCUAUCUUGUCCAUUAUUCACGACUCUGUUAUGUACUUCCCUAUUACUGUCGCUGAUGAACUGGAUAUUCCAAGGAUCGUCUUGCGCACUAGUAGUGCUGCUGCGGGUUUCGCUUUCGCCCUCUCUAUCCCUAAACAACAAAGAUCACUUCCUUUCCAAGAAAAUGAAUUAGAGGAAGCUUUGGUAGAAUUUCCAUCCAUCAGAGGGAAGGACCUGCCAGUGAUCAACACAUUUCACAAAGAAGCCCGGGAUGAGUUCCUUGCUCGUGUUCAUCACGGAACAAGGACAGCCAGUGCAAUUGUGUGGAACACUUUCAGGGGUCUCGAGCAAACAACAUUGGAGAAAAUGGAACUACUCUUCUCUGUCCCAAACUUCCCAAUAGGCCCUCUUCACAAACAUUCAGGAGCUUCUUUGACCAGCUUUGUGACCGAGGACCAUGGCUGCAUUGCCUGGCUAGAUCAGCAAGCUCCAAGCUCAGUGAUUUACGUAAGCGUUGGUAGCCUAAUCACAACGAGUGAAAGUGAGCUAGUUGAGAUGGCUUGGGGCCUAGCCAACAGUGGCCAACCCUUCCUGUGGGUGGUUCGACCCGGUUUGGUCAAUGGCUCAUCCAACGCUGCCCAGCUCUUGCCGAAAGAGUUUAAAGAGACCACGAAUAAAAGGGGCAGAGUCAUUAGUUGGGCGCCUCAAGAAGCAGUGUUGGCACACCGAUCAGUGGGAGGGUUUUGGACACACAGUGGAUGGAAUUCAACAGUUGAGAGUAUUAGUGAGGGGGUCCCAAUGCUAUGCUCUCCGAUUGUGGGGGACCAAAGAGUGAAUGCAAGGUUUGUGAGCCAUGUUUGGAGGAUAGGCAUACAAUUAGAGGAUGGAGUGGAGAGAGGGAAGAUAGAGAAGGCUAUUAAAAGGCUCAUGGUUGAUGAAGAGGGAACGGAGAUGAAGAAGAGAGCUAUGGAUUUGAAAGACAAGGUGGCAUCUUCCUUGAGACAAGGUGGUUCCUCUUCCGAGUUUUUACACAGUUUGGUGGAUUUCAUCAAGGGAAAAUUAUGUAAGCCUUAAUUUGUUUGUGAAGAUAGGCAUGGAAAUUGCUGAUAGUGCUGGGGGAUCUUUCUCAAUAAAACCCCGUUUCGUUAGGUGUGGUGUGCGCCAGCUGUUGAGUCUACUCACAAUGUCUAUUUCAAGACGACUGGCCCUUGACGGAAUGAAGUUUGUCUUAUAUGCUUCUUUGGCAAGUACUUCCCUGUUGCUGAAAAUUGGCAACAUUGAGUAGUGUCCAGGGAUGCUUUUGCUUCUGCUUUGCUUUUCAUUUUCAAUUAAUAUAUGUCUGUAACAUUUAAUAAUCCUUUUGGGCAUGGUCUGGACAGCAAAGGGGCUCACUGCAGUGAGGUCGGUGGAUUAAAUUCAAAUUAUGUCUUAUCUUCUUUA